AUGAAAGGGCUGGCGUUUCGGAAACUGAACCGCUCGUGUACGAAUUUGGUGACCUCGCUCCUCGCGCAUGAGCGCAUUGUCACGACCGUCGCCAAGGCCAAGGAGGCGUCGCGCUGCGCGGAAAAAAUCAUUACACUCGGCAAGCGCGGUACGCCGACGGCCAUGUCGGGUGCGCAGUCCUUCCUCUUUUCUACAGCAGGCUCUAUGGCGCGUCUGCGCGAGAUGGCGGAGCGCUACGCCGACCGCCCCGGCGGCUAUACGCGUGUGCACCUGAUGGGCCACCGCAAAGGCGACCACGCGCCGCGUGCGAUCCUCGAGCUCGUCGAUAACCCGACGGACGUCAAGCUCGACAUGACCGCGCGUGCGAUGGCGCGUGAGGCCGAUAUUCUCCUCCGCCGCGCCCAAAAGAACUUGAGCAUCAGCGAGCUGAGCACGCUCCUCGAAGCGCAAAAGAACAUCCCCCUCGAGCACGACGAGCGCUUUGCGCCACUCACCCGCCGCAACAUUUCCAAGCUCAUCAAGUACCGCGGCGAAGAGGCGCGGAAAGAGCUCAUGGCCAAGGCGACGCUCUACCUCGAGCGCAUCCGCGCCGAGGACGCCGUCGAGGGCCGCCGCCGCAGCGACGACGAGCGCUGGAACUCGAUGGAGCUCGUGCGGCCCAGCCGCGGCCGCAUCCUCACACGCCCUGCGACCGGCAAGCGCGUCUUUGCCGGCGAGAUCACGCCCGAGCUCGCGGCGCAGGUCGGCACCAAGGUGGAGCAGCCGAAGCCGAUGCACCGCCGCAACGGCACGAUCGCCCCGUCGCGCGUUGUGACCAUCAAAAAGCCCAGUGUCGUGCGUUUGAGCAAGGGCGUGUUUGCCAAACGCUAUGUCCGCCACGCCGCGGCGCCCAAGAAGGCCUCGUCGUAG